GGGCGGGGCAGGUUGGUGGGCGGAGGCGCGCCGUGCCGGGUGCCGUAACUCCGGUCGCGGUGGCUUGUACGUCUGUAGCUGUCGUCGUCGCUUUUCUCUCAGGUUUAUGGUGCACCCGUGAAGCAGGCUUUGGGGCCUUCUGUCCGAAGCGGCCUCGGGAUGGAGCAUAUUCGCACGACCAAGGUUGAACAAGUGAAAUUACUUGACCGGUUCAGCACAAGCAACAAGUCAUUAACAGGAACACUCUACCUUACAGCAACACAUCUAUUAUUUAUAGAUUCUCUUCAGAAAGAAACUUGGAUAUUGCAUCAUCACAUUGCUGCAGUAGAGAAACUUGCUUUGACCACUGCUGGAUGUCCCCUUGUGAUUCAGUGUAAAAACUUCAGAAUAGUACAUUUCAUUGUUCCAAGAGAAAGAGAUUGCCAUGAUAUUUAUAACUCUUUGCUACAACUUUCAAGACAAGCAAAAUAUGAAGACCUCUAUGCAUUUUCUUAUAAUCCCAAGCAAAAUGAGUCUGAACAGGUUCAAGGUUGGCAACUCAUUGACUUGGCUGAGGAAUAUAGAAGAAUGGAUGUUCCCAAUUUAAACUGGAAGUUAUCUGAUGCAAACCAAGACUACAAGAUUUGUGAAACCUAUCCCAGAGACCUUUAUGUUCCCCGAGCAGCAAAUAAACCAACAAUUGUUGGUAGUUCCAAGUUCCGGAGCAAAGGAAGAUUCCCAGUAUUAUCAUAUUAUCAUCAAGAUAAACAGGCUGCCAUUUGCAGAUGCAGUCAACCUCUCUCAGGUUUCAGUGCCAGGUGUCUGGAGGAUGAACACAUGUUGCAAGCCAUCAAUAAAGCCAACCCAAGCAAUCGGUAUAUGUAUGUCAUGGACACCAGACCUAAACAUCGCAUGCAGAGCUGGUGGGCUUCAAAAAAGGACAUUGGCAGAAUUGUAGUGAGGAUUUCUUCAAAAAUCUGGAGAGAUGAGAAAAUAAGAGAAAGCGAUGAGAAAGCGCGACUGAAUGCCAUGGCUAACAGAGCAGCUGGAAAAGGUUAUGAAAAUGAAGACAACUACUCUAACAUUAGAUUCCAGUUCGUUGGAAUUGAAAAUAUUCAUGUAAUGAGAACUAGUUUGCAGAAACUAUUAGAAGUCAAUGGGACUAAAGGUCUUUCUGUGAGUGAUUUCUUUUCGGGUUUGGAGAGUUCUGGAUGGCUUCGUCACAUCAAAGCUGUUUUGGAUGCUGCUAUCUUCUUAGCCAAAGCAAUAGUGAAUGAAAGUGCAAGUGUGCUGGUACAUUGUUCUGAUGGUUGGGACAGGACCUCGCAAGUUUGUUCCCUUGGAACUCUCUUAUUGGAUUCCUAUUAUAGAACAAUCAAAGGAUUCAUGGUUUUGAUAGAGAAAGACUGGAUCUCAUUUGGACACAAAUUUUCAGAUAGGUGUGGCCAUUUGGAUGGUGACCCAAAGGAAGUUUCACCAGUGUUUACUCAGUUUUUGGAAUGUGUGUGGCAUUUGACAGAACAAUUCCCACAAGCUUUUGAAUACAAUGAAGCAUUUCUUCUUCAGAUCCAUGAGCAUGUCCAUUCAUGCCAAUUUGGAAACUUCCUUGGGAAUUGUCAAAAAGAAAGAGAAGAUCUCAAGUUGAGAGAGAAGACUUAUUCCUUGUGGCCCUUUCUUUUGGAUGACCAAGAAAAGUACUUAAAUCCUUUCUACACUCCCAGUUCUCAGAAAUUUACAGUACUGGAGCCUAAUACAGUGCCUUUCAACUUUAAAUUUUGGAGGAAUAUGUACCAUCAGUUUGACCGAACAUUGCAUCCUAGGCAAUCUGUAUUUAAGCUGAUUAUGAACAAGAAUGAUCAAAAUAAACAACUGGAAAAAGAAAUUAAAGAACUAGAAUCUAAAAUCAAACAGCAGAAAGCCAGGCAUACUGAUACAGUUCUUACCAAGGAAUCUUUGCACUGUAUCCAUGCUGACUCUCCAGCCCUGAAACCUUCCCUGUGUUUUAAGAAGGAGCAGACCCUGCUACCUGUGAAUGAUGCUAUUCGAACUAUAGAGGGCAGCAACACAGCAGACAAUCGCUAUAGUGAAUAUGCUGAAGAGUUUUCCAAAACUGAACCUGCAGUUGUCAGUUUGGAGUAUGGAGUAGCAAGGAUGACCUGUUAGUUAUCACAGUGAAGUGUAUUUCUUUUUGGACGGACUAAACUGCAAGAGAUGGAUUAUUAAAGGAUGGUCUGUGCUGCAUGACCAAAAGCUAAUUUAUCUAAUGUUAGAUUUUAGAAUAGAACAGCAUGCAAAUUGCUCUUGUGAGGGGAAUAAGUCAAUCUGAUUUCAUUUAGAAAGGGAUGACAUUUGUGAUAAAAAGAAAUGAGCACUAUUUGAGAGAUGUUAAUAAAAAUGCAAUUUGCACUGUAGCCUUGAAAAUUGAUGUUAGUUUAUGAUGUUUAUGUUUAUUAUAGCUAGAUGAUUCUGUGUUUCUGUGAACAUGAAUUACCUUAAUUUUAAUUGGGGAAAAAAGUCAACAAAAUGAUUUUUUAUUUACUCUGUAACUGAAAUGAUACAUUUACUUAUCCACAAAAAAUAGAUUCCUACAGAAUUUGGUAAAUAUUGAUGUUUAAAGUUGAAGUGCCAUGUUAAAUAUUCUGAAACGGGCCUUAAUAUAUAUAUACAUAUACAUAUAUGUGUGUGUAUAUAUAUAUAGACACACACAUAUAUGUGUGUGUAUGUAUGGGGAGUGGAGAGCAAGAGUAGCCUUGUUAAGAACUUUCAUAUGAAUAUAGAAUAUUCUAAGAAUCUCAUGGUCUGAACAGUUUUGAGAAUUACAAAUAUGUUAAAUCUAAAAUUAGUAAAACUUGAUGAUUUUUCCAUUCCUUUUUUUUUUUUAUAUUACCAUUUUAGAUCAUUUACAUGUAUAGAUUAUUGGUUUCAAGUGCAUGUGCCAGGAUAUUUAAGACUGUGGCUUGUAUGUAUCAAUUAUUGCAUUUCAUGAAUUAUCAGUUUGCUGUGGUGAAUUUUCUUUUUUUGGUAAAAAUGUGUGAAGUAUAAAGAGCCCAAAACAAUAACACCCUAUAAUACAUUUUAUUCUUUAAAGAAAUAAUGAAAAACACAUUAUAGACUGUCAUUGAAGAAAAGCCUUAUCCCUCAUAUACUGUUGUCCUUAGUUUGUCUUAGUUAAAAUAAAAUCUUUUAACAACAAAAUAAGAGGAACAGGUAGCUUAGGUUUGCUUAAAAGUGUGUUAUUUUCAAAAAAUAAUUCACUUGAGCAUAGGAUAUUUUUCUUCUCUUUUUAAUGAGAGGGGAAACCGUAGGAAAAGACUUUUAAUAACAUAUCUUGAAAGGUUUGUUUGACAAGUUUUAUAACAGCUUAUUCACAGCUAAAAUAAAAUUCUCCUUUAUCUCCUCUAUUCCUAGCCUUUAUAUGCUUCAUAUAAUCAUCACUGUUUCCCUAGUAAAAAGGAAAAGCAGUUUUCAAAACUGUACUACUAACAAAUGGUGGAUGCCUUAUUUUGAAUAGUAGUAUAAGCACAAAAAUUAGCAUCUGGUUAUGGUUCUCACAAUAUGUACCUUAUCACUACAUGGAAAAAACAAAGAGUUUUGAGUUAUCAUUUGUCCACUUCUGUAAAUUUAUUUCAGCCUUCCAAGAAAGCACGAUCACACACAAUUGCCAAUCUCAACUAAUUAAUGUGCUCUAAAUCAGAGUAACUUGGGUAGCACAAUUUAAGAAUGAGUGUUGGGAAAGCUAUAUAGGAAACCUCAUGUUCUGUCCUACUCUUAAAUCUGUUAUGAUGAAUUUUAAUCUUUCAAAAGCAUUAAAGUUUUUCAAAAGGAAAAAAGCCUUACUUUAUAGAAGAAUUUAUUAUGUAAUCCCUAAAUGGCUUUCCAGAGCACACUACAUAAUAAUAACACUCCUUUAUAAAUACUAGCAAAAAAAUGUUACAUGUUCAAUUUGUCUGUUAGCAAUGUUCUCUCCCUUCCAACUACAAGCUUCAGGACAGGGAGCAUAAUCAUUUUUGUAUCCAUUAAUAAAGGGAAACUUUGGUGCCUUGUUACUUGCUGAUUUGGGUAUUGAAGUCUUUGAUGGCAAAUUUCUUGUAUUUUGCUGGUUUAUUGUUUUAAUCUUUAAACAGACAGUAUAUACACACAAAUCACUUAGCAUUCACAGUGUCCUACAAAGUAAAUGUUGGUAAAAAUGAGAUUGUGUGUAUGUCUUGUAAAGUUAUCUUUACAUUCCAUGUGUAUGGGAAUCAUAACAUAUAUAUUAUUUCAUAUAUAUUAUAUAGAGUUAAUUAAAUGUAUAGCUUCUAUUUUGAAA